GGCAAGUGCACAGCUCUCGAGCCGGCGUCGCCCCACCUCCGGGCUAAGACCCGCCCCGCUCUCUCGGCCGGCUACCGGGCGGGUUUUCUGCUCGGCUGCCCCGUCGCCCCUUAUCCGAUCCGGAACUGCUGGGAGAAGCGGCUGCGCGUCCCGGCCACCCUCUCCCGGUCGCCUGCCACCCCCACCACUUCCUCGCGGCCCUCCCCAGGCUGCCCGAAAGCUGACGUGGAACAACAAGCUCGGCACUCCGAUGGAGAAGUUCGGGAUGAAUUUCGGAGGCGGCCCGAGCAAGAAGGACCUGCUGGAGACCAUCGAGACUCAGAAGAAGCAGCUCUUGCAGUACCAGACACGGCUCAAGGACGUGGUCCGCGCCUAUAAAAGCCUACUCAAGGAGAAAGAGGCGCUGGAGGCCAGCAUCAAGGUACUGUCCGUGUCCCACGAGGCGGAUGUGGGCCUCACAGGUGUCCAGGCUCCAUCCCUCACCUUUCCCGACUCCGUUGAUGACCGAUGCUCCACUCACAGUGGGGAUAGCACCGGGACCGCCACCAGCAUGGAUACUGCAGCCAGUCUCACCAGCACCAAGGGUGAGUUUGGGAUAGAGGAUGACAGACCGGCCCGUGGACCACUAUCUCCGAAGUCCGAGGAGGCCAGCGGGUCGGAGAGUGGCGUUAGUAGCAGCAGUGGGGAUGGUCUGUCCGGGGGCGGGGAGGCGGACAAACGACUGCACCAGCUGAAGACUCAGUUGGCCACUUUGACUAGCUCUUUGGCGACAGUCACCCAGGAGAAAUCCCGCAUGGAGGCUUCUUACCAGGCUGACAAGAAGAAGAUGAAACAGGACUUAGAGGAUGCCAGUAAGAAGGCCGAGGAGGAGCGGGGCCGCCUGGAGGGGGAAUUGAAGGGACUGCAGGAACACAUGGCCGAAACCAAAGCCAGACUUAUCACGCAGCAGCAUGACCGCGCCCAAGAGCAGAGUGACCAUGCCUUGAUGUUGCGGGAGCUCCAGAAGCUGCUGCAGGAGGAGAGGACCCAGCGUCAGGACCUGGAGCUCCGGCUGGAAGAGACACGAGAAGCCCUGGCCGGACGGACCUAUGCCGCCGGCCAGAUGGAAGGGUUUGAACUACAGACCAAGCAGCUGACCCAGGAGGUGGAGGAGCUGAAGGGUGAGCUGCAGGCUCUUCGAAAUGAGAAGAACCAGACUGACCCACGGCUGCAGGACCUUCAGGAAGAGGCUGCCGGCCUUAAAAACCAUUUCCAGGCCCAGUUGCAGCAGGAAAUCAGGAAGACAACCCUUGCUGAGGAACAACUCCGGCAGCAGUCUCAGGUGGAAGAGCAGAGGGUGGCAGCCUUGGAGAACCAAAUAUCCGAGGUGUCUGAACUUCUGGGCACCUAUGAGAAGGCCAAGCAAAAGGACCAGCUGGCCAUCCAGAAGCUGAAGGAGCGCAUUCUGCAGCUGGACCUGGAGAACAAGACGCUGGCUCUUGCAGCCUCCAGCCGCUCUCCUCUAGACAGCCAUGGUGAGGAGUCCAGUCUAGAUGUCAACAUCCUGAAGGACAAGAUGGAGAAGCUGAAGAGGCUGUUGCAAGUGGCAGCCAGGAAAAGCCAGGUGACCCUGGAUGUGGAAAAGCUCUGCGACCCAGAGGUAAUGCCCAGCUCGGAGACCGCUGACGGUGAGAAGGCCACUGCGCUCUACUACCAGCAGGAGCUGAAGCAGCUGAAGGAGGAGUUUGAGAGGUACAAGAUGAGAGCCCAAGUGGUUCUCAAGAGCAAGAGCACCAAAGAUGGCAACCUGUCCAAGGAGCUGGAGGCGGCCCAGGAGCAGCUGGCAGAGCUGAAGGAGAAGUACAUCUCCCUGCGGCUGUCCUGUGAGGAGCUGGAGCAACAGCACCGGCAGGAGGCCGACGACUGGAAGCAGGAGCUGGCUCACCUGCAGCAGCUGCACCGGCAGGAGCUGGAGCGCAGCCAGCUGGACUUCAGGGACCGCACGCACAAGCUGGAGGAGGAGCUACACAAGCAGCGCGACCGGGCCCUGGCCGUGCUGGCCGAGAAGGACCUGGAGCUGGAGCAGCUGCGUUCGGUGGCCCUGUCCUCUGGCCUGCCAGGACGCAGAAGCCCCGUGGGAGCCGGGGGACCUGGGGACCCGGCGGAUACAUCAUCCCCGGACAGCCUGACGCAAGCCCUGCACCUUGCGGCAGCCAAUGAGCCCACUUUCUUCUUGUACGCUGAGCAGCUGGCCCGUAAGGAGGUGGAGGUCACCUCACUGCGGAAGCAGAAACACAGGCUGGAAGCUGAGGUGCACCAGCUGCAGGACCGGCUGCUGGAGGAGGGGGAACGGCACCGAGAGGAGGUCGGAGCUCUGCAGAACCACAUUGCAAAGAACCUCAGGGACCAGAGCCGGGAAGGAGCUAACCUGGAGUACCUCAAAAACAUCAUCUACCGCUUCCUGACCUUGCCAGACGCGCUGGGUCGUCAACAGACGCUCACAGCCAUACUGACCAUCUUGCACUUUAGUCCCGAGGAGAAACAAGCAAUCAUGCGGCUUCCGGGCAGCGGUAGCUGGUGGCCUUCCAGCAAGAGAUGAUGCUGUUUUCACUGACCCCUAAGAUUUCUGUGCCUCUGUAAUGUGGGGAGGAGUGGGCUCUGGCUUCCAUGGCCGCUUCCCUCUCUCUAACAUUUCCUUUCACUGUGUUGAGCUUGGAGGAGUCUCCAGUGUGGGAUGGGAUUUUCUGCCAAACGCCAUUAAUUCUUGGGCCCUGGGAUAUGGAAAGUGUUGGGACAGCAUCUUCUAGUGG